AUGUCGGAUGCUCCCAAGAGGAAACAGGGCGGCCAAGGCGGCGGUGGGGAUCGGCCCUUGAAGAAGAGCAAGGGCGGCAACGCGGGGGCCUGGCAGACGACGGCGCACAAAUUGAACCUGGCCAAGCUGAGCGAGAAGGAUGCGCAUCUCGAGGCCGGAGGGCAGGGUAUCUGGGUGACGUUUGUCCGGGGCAUGGACCGCAAGGCGAUUGUCGAGUUUGAGAAGCUCUGCAACGAGCUCGGCGAGACGAUGUACGGGAUCGCCCCUCCUGCGGACGAGGCGGCGGUGCCCGGGGAAGACGACGAGGACGACAUUGAGGCGUCGAUCCGCAAAGAGAUGGAGGGUUUCAAGUCGAAGGAGCCGAAGCCCAAGGGGGCGUUCGCCAUUGUGCGUGCCGACAUUGAGUGCGUCUUCUUCCUCAAGACGCGGGAGCCCGUCGACCCUGUCGCGCUGUGUCGGCGCAUGUGCACGGAUGCCAAGGGGUGCGCCAACGUCAUGGAGAGGAAGACGAGGUACAUCAACCGCCUGACACCCGUGGCCGUGACGGGAAAGGUGGCCAGCGGCGUGGACAAGGUGGCCAGGCAGGCGCUCGCGCCGUGGUUCCAGGGCGUCAAGGCGGAGGAUGGGAGCGAGGAUGCGCAGAAGGGCGCUGCUGGCGAGGGUCAGGCGCCUUACACGUAUGCGAUCCGGCCCUCGAUCCGUGCCAACAGCGACAUCAAGCGCAACGAGGUCAUUGAUCAGGUGGCGGGCUUGAUUGGCAAGCAGCACAAGGUCAACCUGGAUAAUCCAGACAAGGUCAUCCUUAUUGAUGUUUACAAGAACUUCUGCGGCAUGAGCGUCGUCGAUGGAAAGGAGUGGGAGGAGCUCAAGCGCUACAACAUCAACGAGCUCCACAAGGCAGUAGCGAAGCCCAAGGGAGGCAACAAGGCGGCUGAGGCUGAUGCUGUGGCUGCGUCUUCAGACACGCCGGCGCCCGCGGUUGUAAAUGAGACGCACGACGAGGAGGCGAAAGCGAGCUUGUGA